AUGAUCCUGGAGGACUUUGAAAAGACAUUAGCAGAUAGUAGGAAGCAUGAAGAGCACAGAGGACAUAAAGAACACAAGCAUCGCCAUCACAGGCGCAGACAUCACGAUGAAGACCAAGAUCGGCACCGACAUAAGAAAAGGAAGCAGUCAGGAGAUGACGCAGGUUCUGGGCCUCGAAGACGUCAUAAUUCUGACGAAGGCCGCCUAGCAGGCCCUGAUGAGGACAUCAAAGUCCACGAAGAAGAGCUCGCAACUGCCCAAUCAGAUUCGAUUCCCAAAGGUGUCAUUUCUGAUGAACAGCCCAAGCGGGAUUCAUGGAUGCAGGGACCAUCUUCGCUAGAUGUCGAUUAUAUUCAGAGCAAUGCAAGGGAAUCAUCCGAAAUACAUAAGUCGAAGUCAUCCAGGGCGGAUUUUGAGCUCAAAAUACAUGAAAAGGAAUUGAACAAGCAUCACCUGAAAAACGUGAGUGAGGGCAAGGAUAUACCUGACGAAAUAUUGCAUGAGCCUGCUCAGUACGACGUCGACUACGAGUUUGGUGACUCAGGGGCCUCCUGGCGGAUGACACGGCUGAGGGGAGUUUACAGGCGGGCUCAGGAAGAGCAACGGGCGCUUGACGAUGUCGCUAAGAAGCAGUAUGGGAAUCUCAGACUCUUUGACAACGCUCGUGAAGAGCAGACUGAGUUAGAGAGAAGGGAAACAUACGGUGAAGGCUACGUGGGCAAGGCAAAGCCUAGUGGAGAUUUAUUUGCGGAGCGAAAAGUCGAGUCUGGAUUACCGCCCUGGAAACGGCCUGAUGAUACCCAGCAGAGUGAUACAGCAGAAGGUAUCAAGCAGGUAACUGCGGCGAGGCCAGCUCAAUCGAUGGUCCAUACAGACCAGUCCGUUCUGAAUAGGCUCAAAGCCCAAAUGAUGAAAGCUAAAUUUAAAGGUGGCUCAGAGGCUGCUAAACUAGAAGAGGAGUAUGAUAUCGCAUUAGCCGGCUUUACCAAUCAAAAGCAGCCGGCUGUAGUCGUACUUGGUGCAAUGGAAAACCGCAUGCUUGCUGGAGGUCGCAAGGGGGAGGUAAAGCCAAUGGAGAACAAACGUGGACGAGAAAGAGGCUUAGUCGCAGAGAAUGAGGAUAUGACGAUCGAAGACAUGGUACGUGAAGAGCGCCGCACGAAAGCUCAGGCCGGUGGCGAUGGCCGGCGAUUCGCUGAAAGGAUAGCCAAAGAUGGGAAGUUCGAUAACGAUCUCGAGUACAUGGACGAAAACGCCGCAAAGCUAGCCAAACGGGUGCAAAAAUCUGACAUCAAUCUGAGAAACAUUGCAAUUUCGGACUUCCAGAAGAUCAAUAAGAUUCUAGACAGUUGUCCCCUCUGUUAUCACGAAGACCAAGACAGGCCUCCAGUGGCACCCGUCGUCUCUUUGGCUACAAGGACAUAUUUGACUUUGCCAACGGAACCAGAAUUGAGUGACGGCGGUGCUUGCAUCGUCCCCAUCCAGCACCGUGACAACCUUCUUCACUGUGACGACGAUGAGUGGGAGGAGAUCCGGAACUUCAUGAAAAGCCUGAUUCGUAUGUAUCAUGACCAAGGACGAGAUGUUAUUUUUUACGAAAACGCCGCAGCUCCGCACCGCAAGAGGCAUGCUAGUAUGGAGGUCGUUCCAUUGCCUUAUAGCUUAGGAGACACUGCACCGGCGUUUUUCAAAGAAGCCAUGUUGACGGCCGAUGAAGAAUGGACUCAGCACAAAAAGAUUAUUGACACCCUUCUGAAAGCGAAAGACGGCUUGGGUAAGGCAGCUUUCCGUCGAACGUUGGCGAAAGAAAUGCCCUACUUUCAUGUUUGGUUUGAAAUGAACGGUGGGAUAGGCCAUGUGGUCGAGGACUCGAAUCGUUGGCCGAAAGGCGAUCUUUUCGCACGAGAAGUCAUUGGCGGCAUGCUCGACAAGGGGGCGGACGUCAUCAGGCGACAAGGAAAAUGGCAUCGGGGGCAAGACGCUAGGGUCGAGGGCUUCAGACGGCGGUGGAAAGCAUUUGACUGGACUCGGGUAUUACAAGAUGGGUGA